AUGAGUACCCUCCAAAAUCUUAAAAAGUUCAUACGUCAUGGCAAACAAGCCCGCCUGGUGACCCCCCAUGCGGAACCCACCACCAACGUCUCCGCCAUUCACGCUGAACAACAGAAUCAACCACCUCAAGGCUCAUACCCUCCCGAGGCGGGCCAUCUGGAUGUCAUUAACACCAAGAUGGACAAUGUGCCAGCUCAACCUUCGACUAAAUCGCCCGAGGGUCAGACCCGGCGGGCCUGCGAGCUCGAGAUCGAACAGAUCGGCGCCGAGGAAAUAAGCAUCUCGUCGAUGAUGCCCAGAUAUCCCGGCCUGGAACGCUGGGUCUUGCUGGACAAGAUGGGCGAUGGCGCUUUCUGCAGCGUUUACCGGGCCAAGGACACCACCAGGGAGUAUGACGAGGUAGCCAUUAAGGUCGUUCGCAAAUUAGAAAUGAACAGUAAUCAGCGCGCCAAUAUUCUCAAAGAGGUCCAGAUCAUGCGACAAGUAGACCAUCCAAAUAUCGUCAAGCUGAUAGAUUUCUCUGAAUCCCGCCAAUACUACUACAUCGUGCUGGAACUCUGCCCUGGUGGCGAGCUAUUCCAUCAAAUUAUCCGAUUAACCUACUUCAGUGAAGACCUCAGUCGUCAUGUCAUUCUUCAGGUCGCUAAAGCGAUCGAGUAUCUCCAUGAAACCGCUGGUGUUAUCCAUCAAGACAUUAAACCAGAGAAUUUACUCUUCUAUCCAAUUCCUUUUAUUCCAAGUGAAAAUCCCAAGCCACGUCAGGGAGACGAAGACAAGGUUGACGAAGGCGAAUUUAUCCCCGGAAAAGGUGCUGGUGGCAUUGGUGUGAUUAAAAUUACUGAUUUUAGUCAAUCCAAAGUUAUCAGGGAUAGUCAGACUAUGAUACCAUACAGAAUAGUCAGUUAUACAGCACCUGAGAUUGUCAAGGACGAGUAUUACUUAAAGAAAGUUGAUAUAUGGGCGCUUGGCUGUAUUCUUUAUACUCUUCUCUGCGGCUUUCCCCCCUUCUAUGAUGAGAGUAUCCAGGUAUUAACUGAGAAAGUGGCUCGCGGGCAAUACACCUUCAUAUCACCAUGGUGGGAUAAUAUCUCUAAGUCCGCUCAGGACUUGAUCUCUCACCUCUUGACAAUCGACCCCGACCAGCGAUAUUCAAUAAAAGAGUUCCUGGCACACCCCUGGAUCCGCAAGACCGAUGAAGCGACUGAGGCGGCCACGGACACUCCCCCACUUGCGACACCAUUGUCCUCCCGCCACGCGCAGAAGCAGCCUCUAGAUGCCUCCGCGGCCGACCAGCCCCCCUACACCCCCGCCAGCGCUCGUCUAUCCGAUCAGCCCUCAGCGGGUCUGGACCGUCCGAUGGACUUCCGCUCCCCCGGAGCAAUUAACCUCCGCGAGGUCUUCGACGUGGGCUACGCCGUCCAUCGUCAGGAAGAAGAAAACAAGUGGCGCAAGAAUCACCGGAAUUACCCUGGAACGAACCACACCGGUCGAUUCCAAUCGCUCCUCAAUCCGCUCAACGAAGAUUACGAUGACGGGUACGAGGGCGAGAUUACGUACCAACCGAUUGACCAUGACGAGUAUCCUCCGUCCAAGCUCCAGAAACAGUCGAAGGAGGUUGCGGCGAUGGAAGUAAAAUUGCGGUCCUUGAAUCUGGGCGCUUCCAGCCAUGCAGCUCAGGCACGGAGAGCACACCAGCCCCAGCAGCAGCAAGGCCACGGCCAACACAGUGCCAAAGUCGCUGCGGCAGCGAAACAGAGUAUCGGCAGGCGGUCGAGGCAGCCUUUCGAACUCAAUUUGGACAACGCGGCGUUGCUCCAAAAGAGA